AUGGUCAGUACCAGAUCACAACCUACACAGUUUGUUUCGUUUGACCCAGAGCCUGAACGGAUAUUACGAAAGCAACGCAGAGAACAGUUUUUAGCAUCUGAUUCUUCAUUGCAAGACACAUUUUUGCAGAAUUUGUUUGCUGAUUUUGUGGACAGCAAGGUUAAAAUGGCAUUGGCAAUACCUGCAGCAGGCAGACCACUCAGAGAGUCGUUGGCUGCCCGUGCAAAUGAUGUUCCUAAUUGCAUAGUCUAUCCUGAACAAGAAGAGGGUGAUUCGUUUGAAAUCAGGCACCACAUGCUUGAGAUUUUACCAACAUUCCGUGGGCUACCUAAUGAAGAUGCGAACAUACAUAUUGCAAAAUUCAUUGUGGGUUGCAAAAACAUUUUGAUUAAGGGUUUUUCUGCUGAAGCUAUUAAGUUAUGUCUUUUCCCAUUCACUUUGAAGGAUAAGGCAGAAACUUGGUUAUUCACUCUACCAGCUAAUAGCAUCACUACGUGGCAGCAGUUACACACAAAAUUCCUGAACAAAUAUUAUCCAGCAUCCAAGACAUUAAAUUACAAAAGGGAGAUUUUGACAUUCACACAGAAGCCUAAUGAAGAGUUUUAUGAAGCAUGGGAGAGAUAUACAGAGAUGUACAUGAAGUGUCCACAUGCUAAUAUUGAUGCAGAUACACAGAUGAAUAUUUUCUUUGAUGGGCUUAAUCCUACAUCAAAAAGUCAUGUGAAUGCAUCAGCUGGAGGAUCGCUGUCAAAUAAAUCUGCAAGAGAGGCCUUUGAACUCUUUGAUAUGAUGGCUACAGAAUCUCAGCAAUGGGCAGCAGAACAUUCACAGAAAAGGGGCAUUUUUGAGUUAUCAGUUGGUUCUCCCAACAUGUCUGCACAAAUGGAAAAAAUGGAGAAGAAAAUUGAUGCAAAGUUUGAUAUUCUUCUACAACAGAUAGCAAAUUCUACACAGCAACAGCCACCUGCAACAACAGUUUGCACUAUCUGCAGCAUGGCUACACAUGACAUAAUGGGCUGCCCACAUAAAGAAUCUUAUCCGGAACUUGUUGAGCAACAUGUUAACAUGAUGAACAGCUAUCAAAGGCCUCGGAACGAUGCAUAUGCAACUCAUUACAAUCCAGGAUGGAGGGAUCACCCUAAUUUCAAAUGGGGUGACAAUCAGAACAAUCAGAAACCAUUCCAGCAUGCACAAAAACCAUAUGUUCCAUCUAGACCAUCUUUGGAUGAUCAACUUGCUAAAUUGGCAGCAACAACUCAAUCAUUCAUAGAAGGCAACAAUCAAAGAUUUCAAAAUGUUGAAGCAUCAAUUAAAAGUUUGGAGCAACAAUUUGGACAGCUAGCUGCACAGAUUUCAGAGAGAGAAAUAGGCAAAUUCCCUAGUCAAUCAGUGCCUAAUCCAAGAGGACGUGAAGAUUGUAAUGUUGUUCGGACCUUACGAUGUGGAAAGAGCUAUGACAAUCGUGAAAAUAGCACUGAAAAGGAUCAGCCAGCAGUGAACAUUUAUGCAGAAAAUACUGAAACAGCAGCAGACCCUGCAGAUCCUGCAGAACAACAGAAACUGUCCAGUACAGAAACUGUCCCAGAACAAGUUUCAGAGCGUGUUUAUGAG